AUGGCUGUGGUUCCAGGAGGGACUCUGAAGGCUACGGCUUUCGACCACCUUGAGCUUGAUCCCACAAAAAGUGAGACGUCGACCGAGGACGUAGAUUGGACAGAGCAGGAAGAGACGGCCGUCAGGCGCAAGAUUGACCGGCGAAUCGUGCCCCUCGUUACCUUGCUGUACCUCUUUUGCUUCCUGGACCGUGCCAAUAUUGGAAAUGCUCGGAUUCAAGGAAUGGCCAAAGAUCUCGAUCUUGUCGGGUAUCGCUUCAACUGGGCCCUGAGCGUCUUCUACAUUGUGUAUCUCUUGGUGGAAGUCCCGAGCAACAUCCUGCUGAAGCAUGUCGGCCCUCGAUUCUAUAUUCCGGGCCUGGUCUGUGGCUUCGGGUUGGUGUCUCUCUGCACCGCCUUUGUCCAGAACUUCGACGAGUUGUGCGUCGCGCGUGCUUUUCUGGGUGUCUUUGAGGGCGGCACCAUGCCUGGCAUCUCAUUCUUCCUCAGCACCUUCUACAAGCGGCGAGAGCUGUAUUUCCGGAUUGGGAUAUUCAUCUCGGCUGCGUCCAUUGCGGGGGCUUUUGGAGGCUUGUUCGCCACGGCUCUGUCUCGCAUCCCUCGCUGGGGAACAGAAACCACUCCGAUUCAUACCUGGAGAAAUAUCUUCUUCUUCGAGGGCUUGAUCACCAUCAUCGUGGCAGCGGCUGCUCCAGCGUUAAUGCCAUCCAAUCCACAGACUUGUCGGUUCCUUACAGAACGGGAACGUCAUAUCGCUCAUGAACGGCUGAUCCGAGAGCAUCGCGCUGAUCCGAUGGAGAAGGUCCAAUGGCAUCACAUUCGAGCGGCCAUCUUCAACAUCAACAACAACUUGUGCGCGACUGGUUUCUUCCUGAUCAACAUCACGGUCCAAGGUCUUUCCAUUUUCAUGCCCACUAUCCUGGCGGAUCUCGGCUGGACCGCAACCAAGGCACAGCUGUACUCAGUUCCCCCUUACGUGGCUGCGUGUCUCGUGGCGAUUUUGAUCGCGUACAUUAGCGACAAAACUCGCAGGCGUGGCAUUUAUCUUGCGGUGGCCACUGUCUUCCCCAUCGCCGGGUUUUCUAUCCUCCGAUGGAGCACAAAUGCCUCGAUCCGUUACAUGGCCGUGUAUUUCAUCACCACUGGGGCGUUUCCAGGAGGACCUGGGUUCCUAUCUUGGGGAAUCAACAACUCUGCUGGACCAGCAGUGCGUGCCAUCGCGACUGCCUGGAUUGUUUCGAUUGGGACUUUAGGAGGUGUCCUUGCCACAUGGACUUACCUUGUGCGCGACGCACCUCGAUACCCCAUUGGCCACACCAUCAAUCUGUCCGCUCAGAUCAUGGUCCUCUUUGUGGCUAGCUUUGGGAUUGGAUAUAACAUGCGUGAGAAUCGACUACGGGAACAAGGGAAGAGGACGCAUCGACUUGAGGGGUUGAAUGAGGCUAAGAAGCGGGACCUCGGGCACAAGCAUCCUGACUUCAGGUAUAUUCCAUGA